AUGCCGAGUCCGAAGAGUACUCAUCGGAGGGUCCACGAGGAGAAGAAUCGCAGGGGGAGAUCACUCAAUGAGAAAUCGUCAUCGUUUCACGGCCAGCUUUCGGAUAUGGCGACGCCGCAGCUUCGGAGACCAAAAACGGUACCAGACAUGGCGUCGUUCAGGAACACGAUCGGAAUGACACCGGCCACGGAGUUACGGCCGAAACUGAUGAAGCUGCUCCUCAACGUGACGAUUCAGGGGAGCGUCGGCGCCAUACAUGUCGUAAUGCCGCCAGAAUCCACGGUGAAAGAUCUGGUGGCGGCUGCCAUGCGACAAUAUGGAAAGGAAGGUCGCCGUCCGAUCUUGACCUCUGUCGACCCCUCGUUGUUUGACCUCCAUUACUCUCAGUUCAGCUUAGAAAGUUUGGAUAGGGAGGAGAAGCUGAUGGCGUUAGGAUCGAGGAACUUUUUUCUGUGCCGAAGCGCAAACUCAAUGGAUGCUGCUGGCGGCAGCGGAACGACGUCGUCUGCUUCAUGUUCAAAACAAGCAGAGAAAGUUUCAAGGACUGGAUUUUCAUGGCUCAAGUUUAUGGAUUUCUUGUUGUAA